CAGCGCUAACAUCGACUCAGUUGUCCGUCGCCAAUUUGAUGCAGGCUCAGGUGUCCACCAGCGAUUUUGUUGUUCAACCCCGAGCAGCCUACCCAUCACCAUCCCGUCACUACGGGGGCAGCGGUGUUCCCGAUAUCAGCAAAGCUCAAAACGUCGCCUUUCGUCAUCCCGGAUAACCUGAUGGAGCUAAUAUCCUGCUCGUACUAUCCGCGCACGACGGCCCUAACGGAGGUAUUCACCACGACUUUGCGUGGGCCGCUUGUGCUGUUGUUGCGAACUGUGCAUGGGGGGGUUCUUGUCCGGGACGCGAGAUGGGCAAAGAGUUGAUGUGGGAAAAGACGGCCUCUUGAUGGGGAGUGACUAUUACCUUCGAUUAACGGAUGAUGAGUACCCUAUCGUCGUAUCCUUCGCCCAUUUCAAGUUCCCGCACCGCAACCUUCCGCCAUACUGGACCUCCGAAGCUCUUCGAAUUCCUAGAUCGAACCAUCAGUUCCGUCAGACCGACCUCUCAGAUACACUUCUGAUGCGCGAUAGAUCCUGUACUGAAGCCGCGCAUCUCAUCCCGCGAGUCGAAGAACGUUGGUUCAGAUCAAACGAAAUGUUGAAAUACACUUCUCGCCCGCUUCCAUCGGUCACUUCGACUGACGACCCUCGCAACGCUCCACUGCUGCGCUCCGAUCUACACUCUACCUUCGACGCGAAACGCUGGGUCGUGGUCCCGAAGGCAGGAACCUGGGUAGUCCACGUGCUGGAUCCUGGCCCAUCAAGGCAGUUUCUAAGCUUAUACUACAACGUGACGUUUAAUAUCAAGGAGCUCACGGGCGAACAGUGGACAAGGCUCUUCCCUCUUCGAACGAAGAGCAGGAGCCAGAGUCCGACAAAAGGACACUGGCAGGAAGCAGCUGAAGAGGAUCUUAACGAAGAAGAAGAAGAGCCCGAGCCCCGGGGUCGAAUGAGAAGGAGGAUCGAAGCAGUACAGGGACAAGUGUGGAAGAAUUUGGUCUCUCAAAAAGAAGACAACUCUUACAGCAAGAGCCUAGAACGAUUGGGACACCCGGCGAGAGUGUGGAUAUGGAGUUCUUAG